AUCAGCUGGUAUUGACGUAAUUUUCAUUUUAGUAAGUCAGCUAGUAAAAUUUGUACAUAAAUUGAUAAUGGUGCGGAUAACCUUGGCAACAAUGCUUGCUAAACGCGUGCCACUCAUACAAUUUCGCAAAGGUGGGGCUGGCAUAGUUGCAUCUAACAGCCAGUCUGCAAGCCCAAGUCAGGCAAGUGAAAAGGCCGCAGAAGGCAAAAAGGCUAACGGGUCAGCUAUAGAGGACUGGGAACUGCCUGCACGCUUUGCACGCAAGCCAAUCGAUCCAGUUGAAGCAGAGUACAUUAACAAUGGAGGCCCCAAAUAAAAAUUGAAUUUAAAUCACGGUGGAUCUGCCGAUGUGUUCCUCUAUAAUUUUUGUAAUUGUUAACAAUCAAAUAUACAUACAGGCAUAUACAUAUGUAUAUACAUAUAUGUUUAGUGCUAAGUUCAUAUUUAAAUUUUAUUUCAUACAACCAAAUCUUUCCUUUUUAUAAUAUUAGUAUAGAUUUCGUUGUAAAUUUGAAGUAAACAUACAUUAUAAUUGCAUUCAAAUCAGAACGGGUUGCAUUCGAUGCGCCACAAUAAAAUUCAGUGAACACCAA